AUGAUAAGCAGUAGCAGUGACUUCCCUUGGCUUGAGGGGACUGAUCAAGCACUCUACUGCGAAGCCAAACCAGGUAACCCACCACACGUCUUCUACAAAUGGCACGUGGCCAACAGUGGACCAAUACACUCUGGAUACAUGCUCAGAUUCAACCCGGUCACACGUUACAACCACUCUGAGCGCCUUGUUUGCCGAGCGGAGAAUAGCUUCACCAUCAUGCAGCAUAGUAAACAUGUUACCAGUUCUGUGACAGUGCUUGUUGAAUACCGUCCGACAAUUACUCUCUCUCCUAAUACAACAGUCAUUGAAAGCAGUGACGUGGUGCUGAAAUGUUCUGCGGAUGGUAAUCCAACUCCAAAUGUGUUCUUUGAAUUCGAAGGACAACGUUUAAAUUCUACAGAUAUCACCAGUAUUGAAACACGCUUACAACUCCGGAACAUCAGUCGAACACAAGCAGGCAGAUAUAAGUGUACAGCUAAUGCCAAAUCAUAUGUUCAUCAGACACUGUCAUCUCACAAAUUCAUGUAUAUUGUUGUCUAUUGUAAGUUUGCUGUUCUUCUUAAUGUUCUGAACAAUAAUAGAUUUUUUCUUUUGAUUGAUCCAGUGACAAUGAACAAAACAUAA